UGUCAAGGACCUUCCUCGUAUUACGCCACUUCAGGGACCAUGCCGUGUAAUCUAUCUAUCUCCAGCUCCAGCGACGUUUGCUGGUUAAUACAGACCUGGAACAGAACAUGUGCCAGUGUUUUGGAGUAUAAGUAGGUACUAGCUGCGAAGUUCCCGAUAUCCUGCUCCCCAGCCUCUCGAACUCGGAUGGAUCUCCUGAAGUCAUUCUUGAUACUCUUCAUCUCGGUUUUUACCCUUCGCCUCCUCGUAAAGCGUCAUCGUCGCUGGUUGCACCUACCUCCUGGACCAAAGGGCUUGCCUAUCGUCGGAAAUAUCGUUGAAACACGAGCAAUUGCGAACAGCAAUGAGCCACCGUGGGUUACGUAUUCCAAGUGGUCGGACAUCUAUGGCGACAUAUUCACUUUCCAAGUCCUUGGCUCCCGCACGGUCAUUCUUAACUCAUACAAAGCAAUUAUGGAGCUUCUGGAGCGCAGAUCCUACAAUUACUCUGACAGACCUUCUCUGUCAAUGCUCAACGAUUUACUCAGGUGGAAGUGGCUGAUUACUUUUAUGCGAUACUCUGACUGGUGGAGAUUGCACCGGAAGACUGUUCACCAAUCUUUCAACCAUUCUCAAGUUCUACCAGAAUACUACGACAUUCAGAAGGAAAGAACCUCCUUAUUGAUACGGAAGCUAGCCACGUCGCCGAAAAAUUUCUUCGAACAUGUCAGGGCGCAUUCUGGAGAAACGAUCCUUGAAAUUGUGUACGGUUAUCGCACUCAAGAAGAUAUCGAUCUGUACGUUCAGCUGGUCGACGAGGCGAUGCAGGGAAUGAAUGCAUCAGGUGUCGGAAUAUAUCUGGUCGACUAUUUCCCGAUACUAAAACACGUACCCGCCUGGUUUCCGGGUGCAAGAUUCAAAACCGAAGCUGAAGUGUGGGCUCGAAAUGCAGAUCGACUAGUCAACCUUCCAUGGGAACUCAUACAAAAACUCAUGGACGAAGGAAGCGCCGUGCCCUGCUUCUGCACACGAAACUUGGAGAAAUUCAGAAAAACAGCUACUUCAAACAACAAUCUGGCCACGGAUGAAUUCAUCAAGAACUGUGCUGCCACAUCUUUUCUUGGCGGUGCCGAGACUACCGUGUCGGCUGUUCUGUCUUUUAUUCUAGCGAUGGUGUUGAAUCCUCGAAUCCAAGCACGAGCACAAAAAGAACUCGAUGAAAUCACCGGUUCCGCCAGGCUACCGGAGUUCGCUGACCGUGAAAACUUGCCAUAUAUCCACGCCAUCCUUUUAGAGACAUUAAGAUGGAAUCCUGUCACGCCACUCGCUGUUCCUCAUCGUAGUGUGAAUGAUGACGUAUAUGAGGGAUAUCUCAUACCUGGGGGUUCAGCCAUCAUCGCUAAUGCCUGGGCCGUUUUACGCAACGAAUCUCUUUAUGGUCCCGACACAGCCAAUUUCAACCCAGACCGAUUCAUCAAACAGGACGGGAAAUCUCUUCCUCCCAAUCCCGAGUCCAUUGCAUUUGGGUUUGGUAGACGAAGCUGUCCUGGACGUCAAUUUGCCCUCAACACAGUCUGGUUGACGAUCACAUACCUCCUCGCGAGUUUUACGAUAGCUAAAGAAAUUGAUAACGAAGGCAAAGAAAUCAAUCCAGUGGUCGAAUACAUGGUUGGGCUUACCAGCCACCCUCGUCCUUUUAACUGCCGAUUCGUCCCAAGGCCAUCGGCUCCAUCGUUCAACCAAUGAGUUUAUGAAGAAGUCUGUAUUUCUCCCCCCUCACCUUCACGGAAUUCUGUCUUGUUAGUGCUACCGAAUUUCUCAUGCAAUAUCUAUGCAUGAAUAUCUACGAGUACAGUCCACACAAUUGCUAUAACUAAGGACUUAUGAUACUCUUCGAAAAUAUAACGUGACGGAACUAGGUUACUAGAAGCAGUGAAAACCUGUAACAGUACUUUCGCAAUCGCCCUCCGGGAUAAUGUCAGUUGAAAAGAG